AUGGCGGGCGUGUCCGACGACGAGGGCGACUCGCGCACUGCUUCAGUCGGCCAAACGCGAUCACAAUCGAAUCCUAGUCCCUCUACAUCCGGAAAGAGAAAGUCGCGAAAGCCCAACAAAUCGGCAAAGAAGGAUUUGGAAGACUUCGUGCCCCAAGGAGCGAAAUUUAGUACGACUCCGCUAGAAGUAGAUCCAGAGAACUCUACCUCAUCGUCUGGAUCCGAGUCAUCAAACAGCGACAACGAACCCGAGCACAAUAUGAACAAGCGACGAAAGAUAAAUGCCCCUGCAAUUAAUUGGAAUCAAGCAAGCCGUUCUGCUAUUCGCAUUACUCUUGGCGCGAAACCCGCAGCUGCAGUUGUGAAGGCUCCACAAGCCAAGUCAGCGUUUGAUGCAGUGAAUGAUAAGUUCUUUAGGAGCCGCAGCGCGUCUACUUCCGACGGCGAAGCACCCAGCAAGGACGAUGUUGGUGCGACCAAACCUAGCCCCAAGGCCAACAACGAGAAACCAAAAACAUACUUUGUCGAUGACUCGGAUGGUUCAGACUCGGGAGAGCUUUCUGAAGGAGAUGAUUCAAUGAUGUUGAAUAUUGGACAGCAAAGCAAUGACCAUGGCAUGGACGGCGCCCAGGAUGAUGUAGUUCUCUCCACACCUCCGUUCAUUGUCGAUGCCACUCCGAAUCUUCGCUCUACCCAACUUGAUCAACCAGAUACGCAAGAGACUGGUAGUAUUUUUUCAGAGCCCUCAAUCACGCAGCUUCCCCCGCAGUCAAAAGCCGAGGCAUUCGCCGAAUUUGCUGCAGAUUAUACAACGUCUCCGGCUAUCCUUGCAGAUCUCAAAGUCAAAGACCGUGAGAUACAAGCUCGGUUCUUCUUUUAUAACUCUAACAUUAAUGAACUCGAUUUAACGAGACCUAUCUCGUGUACGGAGUGCUUACAGGAGGGGCAUCUUGCUGCCAUCUGUCCAACUAAGGAGUGUGAGAAUUGUGGCGCUUGGAAUCUACACGAGAGUCGACUAUGUCCCUCUGUAAGACGAUGUCAGCGUUGCCGAGAAGCCGGUCACGAUUCCCACAACUGCCCAUCUAGUUUGAAAGCCUCCGCUGCGGAGACUCCAUGCGAUUAUUGUGGCUCUGAUACUCACACCGAAUUCGACUGUGAUAAAUUAUGGAAGUUUCCUAGAGCACAGCCUCUAGACGGCCCAAUCAAAGUCUCCAUAUCAUGCAGCUAUUGCACCAACAAAAACCAUUUGUUCGGAGAUUGCCCUCUCAAGAAGGUACCAUCAACGUCGAGCACAUUCUCAUUGAAAGAUUAUACCCCAUCCGUGAUUACCAACCUCAAUUCCGUGAUCGGACCUAAGAAGGCAGAUGAUCCGGGAAUGAACAUCCGUGGCCGCGCCGGGCAUCCACAAAAUACAACGCCAACCGACGAUGAAGAUACGCUAGUACUUCAUGGAAAGAGAUCCCAGCCAAACCCUCGCGGCGGGCGAGGCAAGAUCACUUUCAGAGGCGCCCUCGGCCAAAAUCGAGGUCUACAUGGACAGCAGCCUCCCCCUCCUCCGCCGCCACAGAAUCUCCCCCCUUUACCCCGUGAACCACCGCCUCCUUUUCGACCUAGAGACUACCGAGAUCGAGACGAUGACUUUAAUAGACAACGCAAACGUUCCCGUUCUCCUCCAUCUAGUUAUAGACCCUCACCGGGAGGUUUUUCAAGAGGAAACUCAGGCCCCCCUCCUCGAGGACGCGGUGGUAGAGGCCGCGGUCGUGGCAGAGGAGGCGAUCAGUACCGCCCUGGCCGGCGGUAA